CUGGGAGCCGGUUCCGGCCUGGUCUCGCCGCGCAGCACGGCGCACAGGCCCCGCCCCGCACUGUCAUGGCGGCUCCGGCCCUAGGAUUUUGCGUUUCGGCCUUGGCCAGGCAUUCCGUCGCCGCACUUCGGGUUAUCGCCGUGUGCCGCGCCUGCAGCAUCGGCCAGCGCCAUCAGCAAGUCCGGCUCCUAUCAUCCAGAAAUCGCCCUGAAGGCAAAGUGUUGGAGACGGUUGGAGUGUUUGAGGCACCUAAACUGCAGGGAAAAUACGAAACAGGACAGCUAUUUCUGCACAGUGUGUUUGGAUACCGAGGAAUUGUCCUGUUCCCUUGGCAUGCCAGGCUCUACGAUCGUGAUGUGGCUUCAUCCACCCCUGACAGUAAACCAGAAAGUUCAGGCAUUCAAGGUUCCAAAGAGGUGAAAGGCAAAACACACACCUACUAUCAAGUGCUGAUUGACACCAGGGACUGCCCUCAUAUAUCUCAGCGGUCACAGACAGAGGCCGUGACUUUCCUUGCUAACCAUGAUGACAGCAGAGCCCUUUAUGCUAUUCCAGGUUUGGACUACGUGAGCCAUGAAGAUAUCCUGCCUUACAGUUCAUCAGACAGGAGUCCUAUCCAGCAUGAACUGUUUGAUAGAUUUCUCUCGUAUGACUCAGCAAAAGCUUUGCCUUUUGUAGCCAGGGACACUUUGCGUGCUUGGCAGGAGAAGAACCAUCCCUGGUUAGAACUGUCUGAUGUGCACCGGGAAACAACUGAGAAUAUUCGGGUCACAGUAAUACCCUUCUACAUGGGCAUGCGGGAAGCUCAGAAUUCGCAUGUGUACUGGUGGCGAUACUGUAUCCGACUAGAGAACCUUGGGACUGAAGUGGUACAGCUUCGGGAGAGGCACUGGCGGAUCUUUAGCCUGUCUGGGACGCUGGAGACAGUGCGAGGAAGAGGCGUCGUGGGCAGGGAGCCGGUUCUAUCGAAGGAGCAGCCUGCAUUUCAGUACAGCAGCCACGUCUCACUGCAGGCACCCAGUGGUCACAUGUGGGGUUCCUAUCGCUUUGAGAGCACCAACCGGAGUCUCCUCGAUGUUCGUAUUCCACCAUUCUCCCUCGAAAGCAAGAACGGCGACUCUCCCAAUGGGUUCUUGCCAGGCCCAUUCUCCUCCUUAACCUAAGUAUGAGGGGCUCGUUCACUUUCCGAAGGCCAGGCAGCAGCACCUUCGAUGUUUCCAUCCCAUCCUUUUCUCUCGAGAGCAGUAGUGAGGACGGCGGGCCCUUCUCCCCGGUCUGAAUAUUUGCCUCCAGCAAAUGAUGGAGUAACUAAACACAGUCUGCACUCAGGAUCUUUCCUCGAACCAGAGCACCAGUGGACCCAACUCCAGGGGUGGUGCUGCCUGGACAAAGAUGUGGCACAUACAUCACCAGCCUACGCACAGGGACAUGUGGCCAGUUCCGCUAUAAUAUUCGCACUCACUCAGGCUUCUGUUGGGGGUUAGAUUUGGAUGGAGUUGUAUGAGGUGAGUGGAAGCAGGUAGAUUUGGAUGGAGAUGGAUGAGGUGCAUGGAAGCAGGGUAAAUGUGGAGUUUGCUGGUGUUGAAUUUAGGUUGGGGUUAAUUAAUAACAUAUUUAUUAGGAGAUUGAUUACUUCUUGCUAAUUGUCUUGUAGUCCAGGAGCACUUUUUUGGAGAAACAGUGCUGUGUGCUUUCUCCGUGUUACUUGGUUUUAUGAAGUGUGCUGUGUUGUGAAGUUAUAUAGGAAUCAAACUUCACUGGAGACAGGGCAAUAGUGUACACCCGGUACUUGGGAGCCCAAUAUGUCUAACGGUAUGGAUGACCUCUGCCAAUGCUACAAAACAGUUCCAGAUUCUGUCUUUCAAACUUGUUGCCAUGGCAACAUUUUGUGUGAAGCACUGGGGUACUGUACUGAUAGGGACGGCUCUGUCACUAUAACACGGGUACAGUACUGGUGAGGACAUUGUCACUUAUAACACUGGGGUACAGUACUGGUGGAGACAUGUCUGUCACUGUAUAACACUGGGGUGCAGUACUGGUGGGGGGGGGGGGCAGUC